AUGCUCGCGUCGACCUCCUCAAGGUCGACCUCGUCCUCGACUCACCACGAUAACUGCAGCCCUUUGAAGCUUUCGUCGCCGAUCUUCAUAGGACAGAAGGUCGAUAACCAAGCGUCGCCCGACAAACAGCAUAAAUCGUUAAAAUAUCAAAUGGCCUGAACGACAACAAAAGGCAAAAAUGGCUUGCCACGGACGUUCUUGAUUUCGGCGUAACUAUCUUUUCAUUUCCUACAUUAAUUGGAAAGAACCACGUGCGAUCAUGCGAUGAAGAUACCCACUGUCUAAUUUCUGUUCAUAAAAACCAUACUGCUGUCGUCUUGCUCGCCGUGGUCGGCGUAGCUGUAGCGAAACCUCUGGAAACGGAGUCGAUCGAGCCAGCGAGGGCAGAAUCGGCAGUGGCAGAGGAAACGGCAGAGGCCGCGGUUCGAGACAAGAGAGGGUUGCUGCUGAGCGCAGCUUACACCGCACCGGUCGCUUACAGCGCGUACACCGCCCCGGUCGCGUACACGGCUGCUUACACCAGCUACCCUUACGCCGCUUAUGCUCGCUACCCUUACUACGCGGCUGCUUACUCGGCGGCGCCAUACUAUGUUCUCUAAACCAUCUCCAGCCGACGACCGAUCUCGACGACUGCACUUCGACGAUCUGCCAAGAACUUUCCACCAUUCCGAUCGAUCGACAGAUGCAGGAACAAUCGCGCGGACGGAUGCUCGCCUAGGCUUACACCGAAGAGAUGACCGAAAAAAGUACUAAACAGAUAGAACAAUCGGAGAUAAUUCAGCUACUUCAGCCAUCGAUUGUGUCCUUCCGCGCUUUAACUAACAAGCUAUUAUCGAUACGUGUAUCAAAAAAUACGUGUAAUAAAUUUCGUUUCGCAAAGUAUAGAGA